AUGCUAUGGCGUGUUUUGAAGGCGCCAUGGCAUCUCGGAGACAGGAUCCUGCCUCGAUGCUCGUCCCUUGACAUUGCAAGACUUCGAUAUGACAUUGUACCGUCCAGCAUUUCCGUCCAAUAUCUGCACGGUCAAAGCGCACCAGCUACAGAAACUUCACCGGCCCUUGUCCGCCAUGCUAGACUCUCGAACGAUGCCGAGUACGUCAACGGCUUGCGAGCGGAUGAAUCGGUCAAAAUUGCAGGCUUAGUGCGCAGUAUCCGGAAGCAGAAAAAAGUCGCAUUUGCCCGGAUCGGAGAUGGUUCGACGCUCGCGAAUGUCCAAGCAGUGUUUCCCGAUCCGCAGUUGGCGAAAGACAUCACCAAUGGCGCCUACGUCGCCUUGGUGGGCAAGUGGGUACCGUCGAAAGGAGCUGGACAGAGCCAUGAACUGCAAGUCGAAGAGAUCGAGACGCUGGGUGAUGGCAAUACCUCUGACAACCCCAUUCAGAAGCAGUCGAUGUCGACUGACUUUCUCCGAACCGUUCCUCACCUCAGAAUGCGCACGGCCUUCCACUCUCUUGUUAAUCGGACUCGCAGCCAAUUGAUCUCGGCAAUUGCGUUGCAUUUCUCCAACCAACCGGACCCAGUCUAUCAAGUCCUUCCGCCACUGAUCACCUCUUCAGACUGCGAAGGAGCGGGAGAGGCAUUCACAAUAGCCCCGCAGAGCCAUGAACAGCUUCCCGGCACAACACCAAAUACUUCUAAGGGACAAGAAAAGCUUUAUUUCCGAGAGCCAAAAUACCUUACUGUGUCGUCACAGCUUCAUUUGGAGGCGCACGCCGCCGAGCAAGGGGAUGUGUUUGCAUUCUCCCCGACUUUCCGCGCCGAAGAAAGCGAUACCCCGCGGCAUCUGUCUGAAUUUUACAUGCUCGAGGUUGAGCAUCGACACGUUUCUUUUCAAGAGCUGCUGUCCCGAGUGCAAAGCCUUGUGGCAUACCUCACACAAUCACUACAAGAGCAUCGCACGGGGAAAGAGUUGGUUGAAUACUACUCCGACCAGAAACACCGACCUACGGACGCGGACUUUGUGGAUCUGCCAGCUCGGUGGGCUAGACUUACUGGACGGUGGCACCAGGUGGACUACACAUCAGCUAUGGAGGCACUGAUAAAGGCGCACGAAUCCAGCGAUGGCACGCUUUUCGUUCACCGUCCUCAAUGGAAGCAGGGAUUACAACUGGAACACGAACGGUGGAUCGUGGACAAUCUGGCAGAGGGAAGGCCUGUUUUUGUGACGCAUUAUCCAAAAGAGGUCAAACCGUUCUACAUGCUUCCGUCGUCGGCAACUCCACUGGAAGGUGGGGCUCAAUCGGAGUCGGACGGAGACACUGUGGCCUGUUUCGACCUGCUGCUUCCCUUUGGCUACUGUGAAGCGGUUGGAGGAAGUCUCAGAGAACACCGGUUGGAGCAUCUCAUUCAAUCGAUGCGCCAAAAGGGGUUAAUCAAGAGAACCGAAAUAUCGAAUGGCGACAAUGGCAACGGUUACCCGUUUCUGGAAAAGGGAGAGACUUUGGGGAACAUGAGGUGGUACGCCGACCUUCGACGAUUCGGAAGCAGUCCCCACGGUGGCUAUGGCCUGGGAUUUGACCGCCUGCUCGCAUACAUGACGGGUGUCAAUAACUUGAGGGAGGUCGUUCCGUUCCCGAGAACGUGGGGCAGGGCAGAUUGCUGA